AUGUGGAGGAUACAAACUUGGCAUGAAAAUGCUUAUCAUCAUAAUAACCGAAGCAAUCCACAGCCAUCGGAUGAUCCAUUUUAUCAGAUACAAUCUAUGCCAUAUAAUCCCCAUCCUCCUCCUCAUCAUCAUCCUCAUCAUCAUUUAUUCAAUCAUAAUAAUGAUUCUAUUGAAACUAGAAUACCAAUAUCCUGUUUACAAAUUCCAUCUUCAUCUAGUUAUACCAACUCGUCAUCGAAUAUGUCGGAUUAUUUUAACAAUGAAAAUACCAAUAUGAUCAUCUUGGAUAACAACAACACAUUAACCAAUGGUGUUAUGUCAAAUGAUUCCAUAUCACUCAUUCAUAAAAAUAAUAAUAACACUAACGAUAGUAGUAAUAUGAAUAGCAUUACAGAUUGCAAUGAGCAUAUGCAUCAUCAUGAUGAUAAUAUGAAUAAAAGUGAAAAUAUGCUUUUAUUAAGUCAUGACGUUGUACAAAAUCAUACUGACCAAUGGAGUGGAACAAUGAAAAAUUCAUCAGAACUAAUAGAUACUACUAAUGUUAUGGUGAAUACUAUUAAAACAAAUAAUACAGAAAAUAACCCAUUUUAUGAACAAUCAAAUCAACAGAAUGCAGAUAUAAAAUCCGUUCAUUCAAAUCAUUGUCUUUUUAAUCAAUCAGAUAUUUAUGCAGAAAAAAUUAAUUCUA